UGUUUGCUUUGUUCAUUAAUGUUUUCACACCUUUAACAUAAAUUUACACAUUUUACAAAACAAGUGCAAAACUGAAAAAAAAAAAAAAAACACUUGACUUCAUUUUGUGUUUGGGCUAAUAUGUUACUAAACACAGGACCCUGCAUUCACUAUAUCUGGUCUCCCGGACCCUGCAUUCACUAUAUCUGGUCUCCCGGACCCUGCAGUCACUAUAUCUGGUCUCCACGGACCCUGCAUUCACUAUAUCUGGUCUCCCCGGACCCUGCAUUCACUAUAUCUGGUCUC